AAAGAAGGCUGUAUAAAGUUGGGUGCAGUAAACAUCGGUUAUAGAUCAUUUCAUCUCAGUUGGGAGAACCAUGUUGCUGUUUGUGUUUGCGGUGUUUACCAUCUGUGUCAGCACUGGACUGAGUGCCCCGAAUUUGGACGCACGGCUAGACGAACACUGGAAUCUAUGGAAGGGCUGGCACAAUAAGAAAUAUCAUGAGAAAGAAGAGGGUUGGAGACGAAUGAUCUGGGAAAAGAACUUGAGGAAGAUCGAGCUCCACAACCUUGAACACUCCAUGGGCAAACACUCCUUCCGCCUGGGCAUGAACCAUUUCGGUGACAUGACGAAUGAAGAGUUCAGGCAGGUCAUGAAUGGCUAUAAGCACAACCCAAACAGGAAGUCCAGAGGUUCACUUUUCCUGGAGCCCAAUUUUCUGGAGGCCCCCAAACAAGUGGACUGGAGAGAGAAGGGCUACGUCACCCCAGUCAAAGACCAGGGACAAUGUGGAUCAUGCUGGGCCUUUAGCACCACGGGGGCCUUGGAGGGCCAGCAUUUCAGGAAGACUGGCCAACUGGUGUCUCUGAGUGAGCAGAACCUGGUGGACUGUUCCAGGCCCGAGGGGAACGAAGGCUGUAACGGCGGACUGAUGGACCAGGCUUUCCAGUACGUCCAGGACAACAACGGGCUGGAUUCGGAGGAAUCCUACCCUUACCUAGGAACGGAUGACCAGCCAUGCCACUAUGAUCCCAAGUACAAUUCGGCCAAUGAUACUGGUUUUGUGGACAUUCCCAGUGGGAAGGAGCAUGCACUGAUGAAGGCGGUGGCUGCAGUGGGACCUGUCUCUGUCGCUAUCGAUGCUGGCCACGAAUCCUUCCAGUUCUACCAGUCCGGGAUUUAUUACGAGAAAGACUGCAGCAGCGAAGAACUUGACCAUGGCGUUCUCGUGGUCGGGUACGGUUUCGAGGGGGCUGAUGUGGACGGAAAGAAGUACUGGAUUGUCAAGAACAGCUGGAGCGAGAACUGGGGAGACAAGGGUUACAUCUACAUGGCCAAAGACAGAAAGAACCACUGUGGCAUUGCUACCGCCGCCAGUUAUCCUCUGGUGUAACACCACCUCACUGUUUUAGCAAAGGUUUUAAUUUUCAAAAUGCUCGACAAGUGUCAUCACAGCUGGGCUGCCUUAAGUGAAAGAGUUAAAAAAAAAAAAAGUCGAAAUGUGGUUUUCAGACACUAUUUUAGGGAAUUUAUCAAAUUUUACCUUUUUUUGUUUUGUUUUGUUUUUCUUUUAAAAUCUUUUGUUAAAUGAUGUUGUAAAUAAAUCUUUGACAUUUUUAGUGAGUUACAGACGUGACCUACAGUGCACACUUUUUAAGGUGCUACUUUUUUUUUCUUUUUUUUUU